ACUGAUUGCGUGCGAACGCUGCUCCCCCAGGAAAGCGUGCUCGACCGCGCCUCCACACGCGCGACAAACCGCUCUCUUUUUCUGACACGAUCGUCACAAAACAGUGCGCCUGUCAUCGCUUCGCACGUUCUACGUAGCCGGAGCUUCCUCGCCCUCCUUGUUUUUGGGAUAUUUAUUUAUUUAUAUUUAUUUAGUUAUCGCCGGCUAAACUGAAACAACGGCGCUGUGGAUUAGUUGACGACGACUGCAUCGCCAGUGUAUCGCCUUCUUAAAGACAGUGUUGACGCUUCCCUGCGCUGUUUCUUUCUUGCGUCCUCGCUUCCCGCACGUGAGACAUUCGUCGGUGCUCUGACGUGCCGUUCACGUGGCUUCGUGAGUGAGUAGUGGCUGUGCUGAGUGUGAGACAACCUUCGGAUCUUUUUGUCGCCACAGACGGCUCGUUCCGUGCUGGUUUCGGUGAACAUGAAUCCUGACUCAAAAACAGUGACAGCAUUUUUGCGCUGGCUCGUGUUCUUCGGCGUCAUCUCUUCAUACGGCGGUGGUCUCUGCCUGCGUCUAGUGGACCUCCACGUGCCGGGAGCGGUCCGCAGUGGCGAGCCUGUGCAACUGCGCUGCGAGUACGACCUGGAGAACGCCGAGCUGUACUCGGUCAAGUGGUACAAGAACAACGUCGAGUUCUACCGGUACUUGCCCAGCGACGUGCCGCCGGGACAAUCCUACGAACUGCUGGGCACAUUCGUUGACCACUCCCGUUCAGACAAGAACAACGUGUUCCUGGAGAAGACCGACCUGAACACCGAGGGCAUGUACGGCUGCGAAGUGUCCACCGAAGGUCCCGGGUUCAAGACGGUCAAGGGAGAGAGGGAGCUGCGUAUAUACGUCCUGCCCGAGGAGGGACCAGUCAUGGAAGGCUUCCAGCCCCGUUACCAGGUGGGGGACCAAGUAAACAUCACCUGCUUCUCCCGACCAUCGAAGCCCAUAGCUACGCUCAAGUGGUUCGUCAACAACAAUGCCGUACCUGCCAAGUACGAGACUCGAGCGGGCACGACGCGUCACGAGAACGGGCUGCAAAGCACCUCCACCACGCUUCACUUCGAAGUGCGACCCGAGCACGUGUCGCGCGACGUGAUCCGCUUCAAGUGCACGUCGUUCGUCACACAGGCGCAUUCGCGCAGCAGCGAGGAGCUCGUGAUCGGUGACAAGGGACCGCCCAGCGGACGAGCGCCUCAGGAGUCUAACAGCCCUCGUAUCCUCAGCGAGAAGUCACGCUACGAAGUUGGCGACGAUGUCGAUGUCAACUGUACGUCCAUCAUCACUGAGCACCCUGUCGAGCUUCGUUGGUUCGUCAAUGAUCACGAGGUGAAAGGUCCAGAGGCGGUGCGGUUCCCGAACGUGCGCUACGCAGACGGCACGCAGGCUGCCGUGCUGGGUCUUCGCUUCCGCGUCGAGGCGCGCCACUUCAGCGACAGCGACGGGCUGCGGCUCAAGUGCACGGCCACGCAGUCGCGCGUGGUCGCCCUCAGCUCCGAGGAGACCGUCCAGGGGGCCCACCAGCGGUCAUCGGGUUUCCGAUUUGCCUCAGACCGGGCCACUUCCUCGCUUGACUGCGGCCACAUCGCAAGACUCUUCUGCUGGUGGUGGAUCCUGAAGACUCUUUGCUCUGCACUCUAGUCAGAUGGCACAGUGGCUGAUAGACUGGACACUAUCGCACCUAGAGGCAAGCGAAAAGUUCAGGAUUACAAAAGCGAUGAAAGCAGCCACAAUAUGACGACAGAGUGGCAUCAGAUCAAGACGACGGCGCUAGCUGUCGGGCUGGGCCAACAAAAAGCGACUGGAGCCUCAGAAACGCCGGCCCGACAAAACGUUUAUCGCCUAAAGCUUGAAUUGGGAAAAGUCUUGAUUUAAAUCAAAAUCUUGGAUUGGCUAAAUCUCGAAUUCGACGUGCGCUAAGCAGAACGCCGUGAAAGGUGCCUCCGCCUGCCUCACACUAUUACCCGUUCGCAUUGGUACUGCGUACGAACCACAGACAAAGCCUGCGCAAGCGACGAACGUCGCUACAAGCAAAAGAGUUACGGUGCAAUUGAAACGAGAAUAUAUGAGAAAACUAGGGGUAUACGUGACCUACGAUUUACAACUAAUAUCAUAUGUCUGGAAAACCAGCAAGUUACUGAAUGCGCCACGUAUUUUUAUCUCUGAAAUUCGAUUAUAUAGUUGCACCUGGGUAGUGCGAAACCUCUCAUGACUUAUCACUUAUAAUCUUGCCUUUGUUUUAGAUUCCAAGUUUUAGUACUGCAUACGUUGCGUCUGUAACGGCGGUGCGUACGUAAGAACGCCGUGUUUCGCAAAAUGCGCGUGAGCCAGAAUUUCUGCGCACGCGCUAUAUGCGAGACCUGGCGUUAUUACGUCAUGGACGCAACACUAUUACGUCAUGGAUGCCAUCAUGGACGCAAUGUGCGCACUAUUGAAACUCGCUACUUAACGCACGCGCUGACGUGAGUAAAUGACGACGGACGCAGUAACGACACCGUCAUCAAGCGUAGUGUUGUCGCUGUCCUGUACCCAGUUUCUGAGUGUGCAAUGUAUUUCGUUCGUCAAAGACGCACCAACAAACCCGGUUCUCGGCUCUAUCGAAAUUCCCCUGCUUAGUAAUUGGGAAUGCAGUUUCGCAACUAAUUUCCCGUAAAUGAAGAAGCCGCGUAGGGGUUGCUCCUUCCGCUUGACAGCUUGGUCGUUGGCGCUGAAAUUCAUUUAACGCUGUUAGUGCAAUUCCGAGCUGCAUUUCGUUUAAUGUUGUGCUUUCAUAUAAACACACCGGCAUCGUUCAGGAUUACGCCUUACUCAAGCGAGUAGGGACAGAAAAGAAAUUUAUAUUAGCGUAAGAAAUGGUAGUGCCGUAUGUUUUCUUUACAACAAAACAAGGUGCACGCUGCAUUUCAUGUAGCACGAAAGUCGAAGUAGGAGCCGACGAAUAGAAACGCAAGGCUGAAUAAACAGGAGAAGGUGCCUCAGAUAAGCUGGCCGAUGUUUCGAUAGGGGGACCUGUCUCUGCCAAAGGUGCCUUGUCAUCCUUGGCAUGUUAGAUUUAAGCAGGUUAGUUGUUGAUGUCGUGUACAUGCCGUGUUAUAUCGAUGUGUUUUUCGCAACACUGCAUCUAAACGCAGUAUUGCCCGACACGCACAGCGAGAUGCUAAGUUUCUAAAUGCAGACUGAUCGGUUUAUCUGGAAGAGUGGUG